AUGUUGGCAACUCCCUCCAACAAUCCCGUUCGCCGCCUCUCUUCGUUCUUCUCGCUGGGCUCGCCGAAACCUGAUGAUAAACGCUCUCCCACCAAGUCACCUCAUUUACAAUCCUCCCGCUCAUCUUCGUUGCAAACUCCGCCCCUUCGGGAUCAACAGCUCGCUGAAGAGACACAGGCAUUGAGCCUCAACCCACGGAAUGUCUCUGCUCCUGUCCUCGGUGAAAAUGCACACCAAAGCUACACUCCUCCACCACGUCUCUCCAGUUUGAACCCAGAUCUAGCAGGUCCAGGUUCGCCAGAUACUCACAGCCGUAGCCAGAGCUGGAGUGAUGCUGUACCGCGAUUCAGCAAAUCUGGUUCAAGGCCGGGUUCAGGUCUCGGAGUUUCGGGAGUUAACGUCAACCCUAGCCCUGCUACAAUAAGCAAGUCCAAAAAGGGCGCUAAGUCGAAGUUGUCCGGCAGUGAUGCGUCAAAUGGUAAACGGGCUUGGAUCGCUGGAACGGAAAACGAUAUCCCCUAUGAUAUUAGCACUCUACUUGCAGGAGAGAGGGUAGCUGAUCUCUGGGAUGAUGCCGGAGAUACCUAUGUCUACCUCUUCCCUCAAAACUCUGGUCGACCGCCUUCAUUCAAGGUUGAUUCCGCUAUUUUUUCUGCAUCCGCGUCUCUCACACUCCUCGCCCGCGGGAAUCCUUCUCCUCCUCAAUCUACGCGAGGUGGUCAGGGCCGAUCCCGAGAUCCUAAUUCGUCUUCUCCUCCUCUUUCAGCACAAAAUGGAUCUAGUUAUGACGAGGGCUCCGACGGACAGUCGCAGGAUGGCUUUCUAGACGACGAAUCACCGGAGUUGCACCUAUAUAUGCCCGUACCCCUUACCGGCGAUCUUCCCUGCGGCCGAGAGCAGCCUGUCCUUUCUGCUGAUGAUGUGGAUAUGCUAGUACUUUUCCGCAAUCUGUUUGCCUUCCUUAUCGGCCAGGCAUUGAUUGCAACGCCACGCACACCGUCUAUCUUCAACAUCUUCAUGGAAGUGUCCGGACUCCUAGAUCGUUUUGGAUUCACCAACCUGGACCAGUCAACUUUUGGAGAGACUGCCACCAGCAGCUUCGGCUGCUAUUGCGAUGAACUGGAUUUAAUCGAUGUCCGUGCUUCGAGGGAACGUGCCUUGGAUGCUAUCAUCCUUGGUGAACGUAUGAAGUAUCUCCCUCUGUACCAGGAGGGUUUCACUCACGGUGUUGCAGUGCUUGACGAUCUAAAGAAGUUCGAGACGAAGUAUAAUCUUGUUUCUGCAGUCACUCGAAAGAGAUUGGAGCGAGGAUAUCUAGACCUAGACAACAGGAUAAGGACCUGUGCUGUCAAGAUCGAUGAGUUUGAAUUCCCUUCUUUGUUCGCCGGUAUUGCCAACUCAAACGUCGCAAAUGAGGCCAAAGUCAUCCGCUUCAAGAACUGGAAGAACGCAUACCUCAGCUAUCGAAAGAAUGUCAUGAAUUAUUACCGCGCUCGUUUCGGCUCAUGGCCUCCCAAGGCCAGCAAGAAGACCCAGUUCCAGGAAAGCGGCCUCAAUCGCUUGGUCCUUCGAGAGCUUUACCAGGACUUCUGCGAUCUCUAUGAUAUGCUUGCCGACCGUACCGAUCUUACCACCCGCUCCGCAGACAUGACUACCUCCGUAUUUAAGGCUGAAGACUCGAAUUCUACCUCUCAAGCACUGCGACAGAUCAUGUCGGAAUAUGACCGCAGUACACCACCAGUUCAGCCACCAAUUCCCUUUGACAUUCCCCGUUUGCCGUCUAUCCAUUCCAUCCGACGCAAGCUAGACCCUAAGCGUGAAGCCAAGGAGCGUUCAAAGCGACUUACUACUGGUGAAGUGAACGAGAUUCUGGUCUCCAGUUACAACCACGCAAGCAUGAAACCGACCCCUUUCCUGGAGAACUUUAUGAACUAUGAGCGUCGCGUUGGCCACGGUAAAUGCGCUGACGAGCUUGCGGAUAUGCGUUGUGCACAGUGGCUAUUCAUGUACGCUGUCAUACAAUCAUUGCCAAUGCUUGUUGUGGAUGCCCCGGAUCUCAGGUGUACACAUGGGGUGGAAUACUUCCUCUGCAUACCACCAUGGGGUGGAUCUCCUUGGUGCGCUUCUGACCCAAAGAAUGGCAAGAAGUGGUUUGGUGUUGCUGGUGGGUCUGGCGUCGUCAAUCUACCAUCGGAUGUGGUUGCAAAUGGCGUCGAUGCUGUCUAUAGGCGCAGCCACUGUUGGCAGGUUGCCUUGAAGUGGGCAGACGAUGGACAGCUGAACUCGUCUGUUAUGUUGGACCCUGCUUCACAACAGCCAGAGGAGCCACAACAACCACCACUGCCUCCUCCUGUUCCCCAGAGCCAGCCACAAUCACCGCAGCAGCAAUAUCAAGCAUAUCCUCAGUAUCCCCCACCUCCACAGCAAUACCCUCAGCAACCACCGUAUCCAGCACCACAAUACCCACCGCCGCCGCCACAGCAGCAGCAGUAUCAGCCAUACGCUCAACCAUACCAGCAGCCGCAGUAUCCUCCGCAACAUUACCAACACUACCAACACCCGUCUCUAUCUAUUUCAACCCCUGAUCAAUCUACUGCUGGCUCUCUCCCUCCCUCAGGUACCCCGACUGCCUACCCACCACCCAACCAGGCUCAAAACUUCUACCCAUUCCCUUACCCGCCACCCCUCUCAUCUACUGGCUCCUCUUCAGACAGGCAACCUACUCCACUUCUUACACCAGGCGAUACUACACCUCCUAAUCUCCCCAUGCUCAAUCUCCAGCCACCAAGUGCGUCAUUUGGUCGAGGUGCCGGAACCCCAGGUAACCGUUCCUCGAUAUACAUGGGCCUUGAAGCCUUGCCACUACCAGCUGGCGUUAGCCCCGUGGAUACAUCAGGAAGAUCAUCGACUCAUAACCCUGACGCAAGCUUCGAUCAUAUUCUGCAAGGUGUCUCACAGCCUAAGAAGAAGAAGAAAUGA